CGAGUGUUCAAGAAUCAAGUGUUCAAGAAUCAUAAAAUAACUUUUGUUUUUGCAAGACAAUAGUUUCAACUUGCAUUUCCACUUUGUGUUCAUAAUUUCCGCCACUUGGCAUCUUAAACGACAAGUGAACCAACUGGUCGCCUGAGUGAAUAUGGCAAGUACUGUUUCUAAAGGGAUCGCUUCAUCUCAGGACUCUGCCGUCAUAGACAGUGUGCAUGACAGUCACUCUGAGCUGCAGAAUAAUACAGUCCAAGAACAGUCAGAAACUGCUGCUACGUCUUUCGCCACCAUUUCAUCCGCUGCCAGUGAUUUGCUACCGAGCUCUCGUCAAGCUACCAUGACUCCAGCCACUGCGAGGAUAAAGCCUGCUAUUGCUUCUAUAAAUACUGAUUUGACUAGACGACCGUCUAGUCAAGAAGGCAUCAUGGCUGAUAGGGUUCUGUCGAUCCCAACUGCUGGCCGUGUAACUUCAUUCAUCACUCCCGACACAUCACCAGGAACCUCAUCUGGCGCUAUUCUUCCUGGCAGCAGCCAUGUCGCUAACACCAAUCCUAUUUCAAGCUCAGCUGCGUCUCUGCUCUCGAUCAACUAUACAGCCAAUGUCAGUGAUAUGCUUAUGACGACUCAGGAUAUUCUCAACCAUCAUCACUAUUCCGACAGUGAGCGCACACACAGACUGGAAAGCAUGUAUAUUCGGGCAGCUUCCAAUGGCGAUAUUGGAAGAUUACAUGAGUGUCUGUAUUCAGAGGCUGCCGAUUGGAUAGACUUGGAUGCUGCCGAGGAAGAAGGCACCACUGCUCUCAUCUCUGCUGCUUGCUUUGGUCAUGUUGAGGUGAUUCGUAUGCUAUUGGACGCAGGUGCUGGCAUCGAUUGUUGCGAUAAAA